AAGAUAGAGGGUAUUUGGAGGAGUUGAAGAGAAAUAGUGGGGGGGUAUAUAUGAUCAAAGUACACUGUACAAAUGUGUGAAUUUUUCAAAGAAUAUUGUUUGGUUUGGUUUUUUAUGUUUUUAUUUUUUGGAUUUUGGGGACAGGGUUUCUCUGUGUAACAGUUCUGACUAUCCUGGAACUUGAUCUGUACACCAGGUUGGCCUCGAAUUCACAAAUACCCAUCUGCUUCUGCCUUCUGAGUUCUGUGAUUAAAAAUAUGAGCCACCAUAGCCUGGCAGAAAUGCCUGUUUUAGAUUCCUCAAGUUUCCUGAAAUCAUUUAGCCCAUUCAAUUCCAACUCCAUGAUGGCCUAUAAAUCCUGAGCCUCACUGGACAAAGGAAAUGUCAGUCAAGGUAAUUCUUUAAGACAUUACCAUGGUUACUAGAACCCAGCACUACAGAGUAGACAUUCUGAGAAGAAGGCACCGAGAUGGCUUUCUUCAACUUGCAUCUAUUAGGAUAUCAACAUUCCCUUCGGAAUAAAAAGAAAAUCACAACUGAAGAAACAGACAAGAAGGAUGCAGGGUCCUCGAGGUUUCCACCGAUUACCUCAGAAGACGGUAAUUACUCCGUACACCGGAAUAGCCACAUGCGCUAUCAGGAAGCCGUACGAAAGGCGUUGUUAAAAACAUUCCCCAAUCAGGUCUUUCGAGUCCCAGUGACCGACGCUCAGAACUUCAGCUUCUGGUGGACCGACCAUUCAAGCGUGCGUCCAGAGAAAACCAUACCAUGGAUCCAGAGUCCACGCCAUUGUCUUAUUAAAAGCCCAAUGACCAGAUAUAUGGAUCAUUCUAUUCUCAAUGACAAAAUCUUCACUCCGUAUUAAGGAGGACACGCUUGCAGGACAAGACGAAAACUGGAGGGAGGGCAAAGAGGGGUCAAGGUGGCCAAGUCUUCAGAUGGAGACGAGAAGGGGGAAUCGAGGGGUAGGGGAAGCGAAAUA